CUCUUCCGGCACGCUGCUCGGCGGCUUCCGGCAGUGGCGGCUGUGGGUGUAGUUGCUGUGUCAGGACAUCUCGGCGGCCUCCCGCCAUGGCGGGCGGAGGCGGCGCUUAUCGGCUUCGCUGCUCCCUGGUGGGGCAUGGGCAGGACGUGCGAGGUCUAACCCGAGGCCUCUUUCCCCAGGGCGGGUUCGUGUCCGUUUCGCGGGACCGAACUGCGCGGCUCUGGGCUCCUGACGGUCUUAACAGGGGUUUUACUGAAAUGCACUGCAUGAGUGGCCACUCAAAUUUUGUAUCUUGUGUGUGCAUCAUACCUCCAAGUGACCUCUAUCCUCGUGGGCUGAUUGCAACCGGUGGCAAUGAUCAUAAUAUUUGCAUUUUCACAGUUGACAGCAAAGCUCCUCUUUACAUCCUUAAAGGCCAUAAGAACACAGUUUGCAGCCUUUCAUCUGGAAAAUUUGGCACACUUUUAAGUGGAUCAUGGGAUACCACAGCCAAGGUCUGGUUGAAUGACAGAUGUAUGAUGACAUUACAGGGUCACACAGCUGCAAUAUGGGCAGUGAAAAUACUGCCUGAACAGGGAUUAAUGUUGACUGGUUCAGCUGAUAAAACCAUUAAACUGUGGAAGGCAGGCAGAUGUGAAAGAACAUUCACUGGACAUGAAGAUUGUGUGAGAGGUUUAGCUAUUCUCAGUGAAGUGGAAUUCCUUUCCUGUGCUAAUGAUGCUAGUGUUCGAAGAUGGCAGAUCUCUGGCGAGUGUCUGCAGGUGUAUUAUGGACAUACAAAUUACAUAUACAGCAUCUCUGUCUUCCCUCGAUGUAAAGAUUUUGUAACUACUGGAGAGGAUAGAUCUCUUAGAAUCUGGAAACAAGGGGAAUGUGCUCAAACAAUCAGACUCCCAGCUCAGUCUGUGUGGUGCUGCUGUGUGUUAGACAAUGGUGACAUCGUAGUUGGUGCAAGUGAUGGAAUUAUAAGAGUAUUUACAGAGUCUUUGGAACGUACAGCGAGUGCUGAAGAGAUUCAAGCUUUUGAAAAUGAGCUUUCUCAAGCAUCCAUUGACCCUAAAACUGGUGAUUUGGGAGAUAUUAAUGCUGAUGACCUUCCUGGAAGAGAACAUCUUAAGGAUCCUGGGACAAGAGAUGGACAGACACGGCUUAUUAAAGAUAAUGGGAAAGUAGAGGCAUAUCAGUGGAGUGUUAGUGAAGGAAGAUGGAUAAAGAUUGGUGAUGUUGUUGGUUCUUCUGGAGCCACACAGCAAACAUCUGGAAAGGUCUUAUUCGAAGGAAAGGAGUAUGACUAUGUUUUUACUAUUGAUGUAAAUGAAAGUGGGCCCUCCUACAAACUGCCAUAUAACAUCACUGAUGAUCCUUGGCUGACUGCAUACAACUUCCUGCAAAAGAAUGAUCUAAAUCCUAUGUUUCUGGAUCAAGUGGCCAACUUUAUUAUAGACAACACGAAGGGGCAAACACUGUUGAGUACAAGUGAUCAAUUUUCAGAUCCAUUUACAGGUGCUGGACGUUAUGUUCCAGGGUCUUCAUCUGUAUCAAGUACAAUACCUGCAGCAGACCCAUUUACAGGUGCUGGUCGCUAUGUUCCUGGUUCAGCAUCAAAUGCAGUAACUCCAGGGGGUGGGGUUGAUCCAUAUACAGGAAUGAGUGCCUACCAGUCAGCUGCAGAUAAGGUUGAAAAUAUUUAUUUUCCAAAAAAGGAUGCUGUCACCUUUGACCAGGCCAAUCCUAUGCAGAUACUAGGCAAAUUAAAAGAACUUAAUGGCAAUGCAACUGAAGAACAUAAGCUUACAGAAGAUGACUUAAUAAUCCUAGAAAAGUUAUUGUCUGCAACAUGCAACAGAAGCACCUCCACAGAAGCACCUACAGCCCAGCAACUUCAGACUUUAUGGAGAGCAGUUAACUGGCCAGAAGAUAUUGUCUUUCCAGCCCUAGACAUUCUUAGAUUGUCUGUCAAGCAUCCCACUGUGAAUGAGAACUUCUGCGGUGAAAAGGAUCUUGUAGAAUUUAUCGUCCUUCUCCUUAAAUUUCUGAACCCUACAGGAAAGCAAGCAAACCAACUGCUGGCCCUUAGAGCUCUUUGCAAUUGUUUUGUCAGCCAGGCAGGCCAGAAGCUCAUGAUGGAACAGAGAGAUGAAAUACUGACACAAGCAAUAGAAUUGAAAUCAGGCAAUAAGAACAUCCACAUUGCGCUUGCCACACUGACGUUGAACUAUGCUGUAUGUUUACAUAAAGUCAACAACAUUGAAGGCAAAGCUCAAUGUUUAUCAGUAAUCAGCACAGUUAUGGAAGUUGUUCAAGAUCUUGAAGCCGUCUUUAGACUGCUGGUGGCCCUUGGGACACUAAUCAGUGAUGAUAAAAAUGCUGUGCAGUUAGCUAAGUCUCUUGGAGUUGACUCUCAAGUAAAAAAGUAUGCCUCUGUAUCAGAACCAGCUAAAGUAAAGGAAUGCUGUAGGUUUGUUCUUAAUCUGCUAUAACUGUUUCUAUUAGCACUUCGAAGACACAGUGUAUGCAGAAAAAAAAAAUGCUUUAUUCCUAUUUUAUGACAGACUAUAACUGAGAGAAUAUUGGGGAUUAAUUAAACUUGAUUUGUUGCAAGAUACAUAGCCAAUAAAACUUUUUACACUGUUUGUCAAUUGAUUGCUUUUCUGAAGUGUAUAGUACACAGGAUCUUUGCAGGAAGUCCUGAUGUAGCUCAGAUCAAAAUAUAUCACGAUGAACUCAAUCCAUCUUGGUACUUCAAGGUCACCUAGAUGGAAAAUUAGGAAUGGCUGUGAUCAAUGACUGUAAACUCUAGCGACACAUCAAUUCACAUUUCUAAGUUUCAGCACCAUGAAUCUGUGUCUUGACCUUGCUUUUUGUCAGCAGAGCAGGGGCCCUGAGGACUUAAGUUCAGUGGUACUUUUCACAAGCUUAUGUUAACAUUGGUUAAUACUAACCCUGGUAAAAUGUGCUGGUAGGUCUGGUAAGGAAAUAGCAUUUACCUAAUUCUCCCAUUAGCUUUUUCCCACUUCUUUUUCAAACCUAGAUGUUCUAUGGCUCUUAGUGUUUUUAGCCUAGAACUAGGUGACUUUUUAAGAGUAGAGUAGAUUCUUUUGUGCUUCACUGGUGAUUCUCCUGUAGUUUAUAAAAAUUAGAAUUGAAUUUCUACAAAAACUGGUACGUGACUUUUGACUUUCAAUUACAGGAUGUCCUGGUUUGGGCCAGGAUAAAGGUGAUUUUUUCGGUUUAAUUGCCGGGCCAGUGUUAAACGGUGACACAGGAAUACUCCAUCACUAAUAUAUGCUACAAAAGAAUUUUUUUUUUUUUCCUAACCAUGGAAGAGUGGGGGAGAAAUUUAAAUGUGGAGCACAGAUUGAGCAGCAGAAACAGACUUCCAUGAGAGGUGGUUGAUGCCAUGUGACUGUCAGUGUUCAGGGGGCAUUUGGACAGUUCCCUUAACCACCAGGUUGAACUUCAGGUCAGCUCUGUGGAGGUCAGGCAGUUGGACUUGGAUGAUUUAUGUAGUUGCUUUCCAGCUGAAGUAAUUUAUUCUAAUUGUACAACUGUAAAGUCAAGUCUUACUUGUGAAGUCUACUUAUGAAGUACCUUUAACAUGGUAACUGAUGAAUGUGAAAAGGGAAAAUGAUACUUUAUUGCUAUUCCAGCAGAUCCAAGCUGUUGCCCUGCAUGGGCAGGGACAUUUCCCACUAGACCAGAUUGCUCAAGGUCCCAUCCAACCUGGCCCUGAACACUUCCAAAGAGUGAGCAGCCAGCAGACAACUACUGUGGGCAACCUGUUCUGGCAUCUUGCCACACUAAAAGAUUUUUUUUUCCCUAAUGUCUAACCUAAUACCCCUCUUCAAGUUUGAAACCAUUUGCCCUUGUCCUCUCACUACACAGCACGUGAAAAGUUAGACUUUGGCAUAGAAGUAAGUUGAAUUCAAGAUGGGCAAGGGUUCAAGGUAUGUUUUUCAUUAGACUAAGAAAAUAGAAAACAUGAAAAUAAGGGAGCAGCAUUUCUGGCUCAUGGGCUUUUUAUCACAUGAGACCUGUCUUUCUCAUCUGUGCCAAGUGGGAAGGAUUUUGUCUCCAAAAGCUAUAUUUUGCUGCAUCUAACUGAUUUGUCUGAAAUAAAUCACUUCCAGCAAAACCUGUUUCUCAGAUCCUUAGUUGUACACUUGUACUGUUACACUUCUAAGGAGUUUCCAGAUAUAUAUCUUCCAGCUUCAUCACAGCCUUAGUUACACUUUUAUCAUCUGAUCCACUGUAGGAUCCACCAUCUGAUCCAUCUAUAAGGCAGGCCAUGAGAUUAUUCAGGAUUUACAUUGCUUAACAAUAGGUAAUCCUUUCCUGGCAAAACAUCUAAGAAACUACCUUUAGGAAACAUAUCUGUGAAAUAAUGUGCUGGUCUGUUGAAUUUUGGUUGCCUACUAUACAAUUGUUCUUGAAACGUAAGCUUUUUAAUGUGCUUUUUAACUGUGUUUGUACAUGUGCUAUUUUAAGAAAUCUAUACACCCCUAACACAUUCUGGUUUUGUUAUUGUGGGAUUGCUCUGUUACAGAUUACCUCUCUACAUGAAAAUUGUCAUGAAUUUCCCAGACCAAAAAUGUUUGUAUUAAUAAACAUGUUCUGGCAACUCCAACAAA